UGACGGUGCGAACUUGUGACCGGCGCUCGCAGCUGCACAGGCGGACGCUGAACUGCUCAAAGACAUAAAGAUCCAGAAGUGAAGCUUCCUCACUGACACAGCAUCUCCUCCAUCUCCUCUGCUGCUCAAACCGACAAGAUGGACUGCGGAAUUAUCACCUCCAAAACCGUUCUCCUCUUCCUCAGCUUGAUAUUUUGGGCUGCAGGAGCGUUUAUGGCCUAUGUUGGAUCUUACGUGUUCAAAACGUAUGACAACUUUGACAGUUUCAUCAACGACCGUUACACCCUGAUCCCAGCGGUCAUCAUCAUCGGCAUCAGCAUCGUCAUGUUCAUCUUUGGCAUUUUGGGAUGCUGCGCCACAGUCCGGGAAUCCAAAUUCGGCCUUAGCUGUUUCUUCCUGAUCAUCAUGGUGAUCUUUGCAGCUGAAGUGGCUGCGUUGGUGUGCGCCUUUAUUUUCAGAGGCAUGAUCAACAAGGAUCUGGAUCGUUCUAUGAGUUCUGUUUUUGCGAAGUACAAUGGAGAGGAUGCAGACUCUAAAGCGGUGGAUUACCUUCAGUCACAGUUGCAGUGCUGCGGAGUGAAGAACUACACCAGUUGGACCAACACCACCUGGUUCAGCAAAAAUAACACAGUGCCUCUGUCCUGCUGUAAGCAAAACUCCACCUCGUGCUCUGGGAGACUGGACCAACUGGACCUGCUCAACACAGAGGGCUGUGAAGUGAAGCUGGUCACUCUCCUCCAUGAGUCCUUGAGCUAUGCCAUGCUGGUUAUUCUGGGAUUUGCAAUCAUCAAGUUCUUUGGAAUGCUGAGCGUGUGUGUGAUCACCUGCAGAUCCAACAACAGAAGAAAUGGCUACGAGGCUCUCUAUGCUUAAAGAACUCACUUCCUCUUGUCUGCACAAGGUUUAUGUAAAUAAGAUGUGCAUUUUUAGUGACGUGUAAUUAGAGUAUCUUACAAUCAAGACACCUAUGACAGAUUUUUGUACACAGUUCUAUGCAGUCUGUUUUGUUUGUCAGUUUCCCAAAGUAAUUUUGUUUAAUACAUGUUAAUUUAAUAAUUGCAUCUGAUGUGUCAUUGUUGUGUGUAAUACAAUAAAUACUUCUUCAAAAAGUUGCUUAAAUAUUUAUAACUGUGAAAUGAUAAAUACAAAGUCAGUUAUAAUACAAUACAAUAAGUCUAUUGGUGUCUGUGUUUUGUAAAUGUUAGAUUAAGAAGAAGACUUCUUUUGAUUCAACAUUUAUUCAUUAAUGAGGCCAUUUUAGGAUUGUAGUACAUUUUUUAUCAUUCUGUAUUUAGCCACACCUACCAAUGCUAUUUUAGUUGCUGAACAUUUUAAAUGGCUACAACUUGUAAUCUUUGAACCAAAUACCUUUCUAUAACUGUAAAAAUAAAUAAAAUAGAACCAUA